AAGAGGAGGAAGAAGAGGAAGAGGAGGCGAUGAUGUAAGCAGAAGCUGCAGAGAUGCUAGCAGCCGAGUGACAGAGGAACCCAAAGUGACGGAGCCCACCAGCUUCUACAGUCUGGCAGAGAGGCAGCAGCACACACACCCUGACACACACACACUCACCUCAAUACACACACACUGUAAGCUGCAGUGGAGCUAGCUUCUGAUAGCCUUAUAGCAUGCUGCACAGGAGGCUGAUCAGCAAAAACGAUGAGGCGAACGAAGCUUCCUGCUGCUUUCUGCUGCUGACGCUGAUCCUGUUCCCACAGAAACAAUCAACCUGUCACUGUCCUUCAUCACACAGAAGGAUCAGGAAGUCUCUGCAGAGUACAAAUAAAAUACUUGGGAGGUAGGGUUAGGGUGCGGCGGCCCGUGCGUACCUUCAAUUCCCUAUUCAAACUGUCCCGUGCACGGGGCGAGGGCAGUUGUGGAGACAGAUUAUUGUCCUAAAAAAACCCAGCGCCUCUGGACGAGCGGGCUCCGUCUUCACGCCAGAGGUCACACCUGAGAUCUGCCCCCAGUGGGGUCUUGGUUAGUGAGGACAGGACUCAGUGUCAGCAUUAGUUGCUUAACGACUUAGCUUUUAGCCUUAUUGUUCCACUCUUCUCACCUGUAUCCCUUCAGUUUAGACUGACUGGAGUAGAGGGGGACAGAGCUGCAGCCCGAUCCGGCGGUUUCCCCUAUGCUCUGUCUUUCCUCGACCUUCUUUCAGUGGGGGGUGGGGGUGAAUCUUUUUUAAUUUGUAUUUUUUUACUUUUUGAUACCUUUUCAUUGUUGUUAUCUUUUUCUUUUUAUAUUUGACAUUGCCCUUCCUGCACUUUUUAACAUUAUAGUCUUACAUUUAGUCUUUAUUAUGGACUUAAGUUAAUAAACAUAGCUUUGUUUCAUGUUUUUAAUUUGAAAAGGGUGUAUUUAUACUUUUUUCACUAAUUACAUUAUUUUAUUUAUUUAAUUAACUUUGCAAUUAAUAGGAGUAGUCAGCUUAGACUUUUUCAGGUUUUCUUUGUAAGACAGUCAUGGUCACACAUCCACAUCGAUAGCUUUCUCAUCUCCUUGGGCACGACCAGUGGACGGGGAAGUUGUGGACGGCGUGCGGCGGCCCGUGCAUUACCUUAAACUCCCCAGUUUCAACUGCCCAGUCGACGGACGAGAUGGAGCCAGAGGUUGGCAGUCGUUGGAGGGUGGAUCCUGCGCACCUGUGCGUAAUCGAUAUCCAUCACCGCCAGCAUAAGAAGAGCGGGCGGUCGGUUCUCCAGCGCUUGAGUGUUAACCUCCAAUGGGUUUCCAGCACUGGAGAAGCACUUCCUGAGACCUUCAAGUCUGACUCGAGAACCGCCGAGAAUGGCCGAAACCCGCUCUCUUCCUGCCCGCCCUCCAACGACUAAUCCAUCAGCCACCAACCACUGGAUCCGGACCGGACCCCUCCUCCAGUCAGACACCCCCCCUUCCCAGCAGAGACUUCAUACUCACCAAAGUAGUGAUACAACAAAGAAAGGAGCUACAUCUACUGGAAAACUCAACAUGGCAGCGAGUACAGCUAAAGCCUGGAAUUCCAUUGGAUUUACCACAGACGCUCCCCCAAGCCACAGUCUCAGUGUGGAUGCUGCAGACAUUGCUGUUGUUGUUAUUUACUUUAUUGUAGUCAUGGUGAUUGGAAUCUGGUCAUCAGUGCGAGCUAAUCGGACCAGUGGGGGAUAUUUUUUGGCUGGUCGUUCCAUGACAUGGUGGCCAAUUGGAGCCUCCCUGAUGUCAAGUAACGUUGGCAGCGGUUUGUUCAUUGGACUUGCAGGAACAGGAGCAGCUGGAGGCAUUGCUGUGGGAGGAUUUGAAUGGAAUGCAGCAUGGGUUCUGGUGGCUCUGGGUUGGAUCUUUAUUCCUGUCUACAUCUCUGCUGCUGUGGUCACCAUGCCUGAAUACCUGGCUUUGCGUUUUGGAGGCCGUAGGAUCCGCAUAUACAUGUCUGUUUUAUCCCUGAUUCUCUACAUCUUCACAAAAAUAUCAACAGAUAUGUUUUCAGGGGCGUUGUUCAUUCAGGUGUCACUGGGCUGGAAUCUCUAUCUGUCUACAGCUAUAUUGUUGUUGGUUACAGCUGCUUACACUGUGGCAGGUGGUUUGGCAGCGGUCAUCUACACUGAUGCUCUACAGACUUUAAUCAUGGUUGGUGGAGCCCUUUUGUUGAUGUUCAUGGCUUUCAUUAAGGUGGGCUGGUAUGAGGGCCUUGUGGAUCGCUACAUGUCAAGCAUCCCCACAGUGACAGUUGAAAACACGACCUGCCAUAUUCCUCGUCCUGAUGCAUUCCACAUGUUCAGAGAUGCUGUGUCAGGAGAUUUACCUUGGCCGGGGUUAAUUUUUGGCCUUACUGUGUUGGCUACAUGGGUCUGGUGUACUGAUCAGGUCAUUGUUCAGAGGUCACUGUCAGCCAAAUCCUUGUCUCAUGCUAAAGGAGGCAGCGUUUUGGGAGGGUACCUAAAACUCCUGCCCAUGUUCUUCAUUGUGAUGCCCGGCAUGGUAAGCCGCGCACUCUUCCCAGAUGAGGUUGGAUGUGUGGAUCCAGCACUGUGUCAGAGAAUAUGUGGAGCAUCAGUUGGCUGCUCUAACAUUGCUUACCCCAAACUGGUGGUAGAAUUAAUGCCUAUUGGUUUACGUGGCCUCAUGCUGGCUGUAAUUUUGGCUGCUCUGAUGUCAUCUUUGACAUCAAUUUUUAAUAGCAGCUCCACUAUAUUUACUCUGGACCUCUACCACACAAGACCAAGAGCCUCAGAAUUGGAACUUAUGAUUGUUGGAAGGAUUUUCGUCCUCGUCUUGAUGUGUGUUAGUCUGUUGUGGAUUCCAGUUGUCCAGACAGCCAACAGUGGACAGCUUUUUGAGUACAUCCAAUCUGUGACCAGCUUUCUAGCCCCACCAAUUACUGCUGUCUUCAUAAUGGCAAUCUUCUGGCCUCGGGCCAAUGAGCAGGGGGCAUUUUGGGGUCUGAUAACAGGCCUGGUGAUGGGACUGGUCCGCAUGAUUCUGGAGUUCUCCUAUACAGCACCAUCCUGUGCUCCACAGACUAACCUGGUGGACCAGAUUUAAUCUUGAGCCUCGCAUCGACCUCACAACUCCUCAAAGGGCACCAGAUCUGGAGAACUCUGUUUGCUCUGAGACUGAACAGUCUCCACCACCUACAUGGAAAAGAGUUGCUA